ACGGUUCGGAGCGUUUAAGCGAUUGUUUACCAAGAUCGUGCCCCGGAGGAAACUGCAUCGAGUGCAAUUCUGUUGCUGAACGAGAGCAACACGCCGAACGAGGGAGAGUGCGGCUGGCCCUGGUUACCGAGAUUCUCUGCGUUUCUUGCACCUCCUAACAGUGUUUUUACCACUACUUCGUUUCAUCCCCUUUGUAUUUUCCUUACUUUCCUAGCUUUCGAUUUUUCUUUCUUCUACCUUUCUCUUUUUCCUCUUUCCAUUCCUCCCUUUCUUUUCUUCUCUUUUUUCUUCUUCCUGACGGUUUAUCCGAGAAUGAUUGAAUCAGGUCAGUGUUUUCGACCAUAAGUUGCGCCUGCGUCUGCGCCUUGUUCACUUUGCGCCUCCCUGUUGAAAACUAGGGACAACCCAAACAUAAUAUUCCUCUUUGGCUCGCAUUAUUCUAAUAUCGUUUGCGAGUCCCUGUAGCCCGAUCCAGAGACCCCUUAACCUCGAUAAUCGAGUAAUCGCUACCCUCACGCGUUCUCGAACUCUAUGCUCUGCGUUCGAUCGUGCAGCCACACUCCUAAGGUGUUGAAGAAAAGAAAGAGACGUUUGUUUUACUUUGUGAUAAGCCAUCGAACUGCUUGAUGUAGGGGGGCCGCUUGUUGGCCAGUGAUGUUAUGAAGAAUCGCAGGAAAAUUUUGGCACGAAGCAAGAAUUUUCGCUUCUUUCUUUCGUCCCACUUCUAAAUUCGCGCUACGAUCUGGAAGGAUACAAACUGUUACGCCGUUCGUUUUUUCUUGAGACAGUUGAUACCGGCGCGACAAAUUUUGCUCUAAUUUGCAGGUUAACGGACUUGAGAGACUGUUUUUGUUUGGCCCUGUAUGCCCAUGUUUGUCCUACUUUUGUCCAACAGCGCUGGCUGGUGUCGUUUGUCUUCGAGUACACCAGACCGACUGAAAUUUCGAAAACUCUUCCCUGUGGGCACUCUCGUAGUGACGCGUUGUGUACACGUUCUAAAUAAAUUCUCAAGGAGAACGUUAAAUUUUUUCCCGUGAUUCUCUCGUUCGUCGUUUCUCGGCCAAGAGUGAAAGACGAGAAGAACAGGGACGAAAACGUGAAAAAAGGAAAAAAAAAAAAAAAGAAGAAAAAAUAUGUAGCGCGAGCUGUUGCAAGGAUAUAUAGAUAUUCGAUAAUAACUUCCCAGGCGAGCAGGCGAGGCGCGCGAAAGGCUUUGUUUAUAGUCUGUUCUACUUAUUUACCGCGUAUAAAACACGUAGGGUAAAUUACUUUCCCGUUGACCCGGUGCCUGACACUCCACUUAACAUCUAGGCGAUAAGCAUUUUCCAUGGCGGCUCGCACGCGGUUUUACAGUUUCUUUACACGCAAUUACAUCUCGUUUAAAGCGAUUCCCUCUCAUUGAUAGACCUACUAUUUUCCAAUACGUACAGGACUCAACUAGCCUGCUUCUCUCUCUCCGGCCUGUUUUCGAUGCUAACUCAACGAAUUCCUCGGGCAUUGACCAACACGUGAACGCGCCAAUUAUCCAAACUGACUUUCUUCUGUGAGCCUCCUUUUACCAAACUCUAUCCUUAGUGCCCCUCUGCGAAUCCUUUGUCGUGUCCUUUACCUUUACCUUGUCUUCUUGAUCGCGUUUGUAAAAUGAAACUGGAGUUACGGAGCAAGAGACCUUUUAAGAUAUGGGACAGCUGGCGUAACGUAAGAAAGGGACUGUGUGUUAGCAAUUUCGAGGAACUGAUACACCAGGGUAAGGAGAAAUUGGGCGUGCCUCAGAACGAGAAUGUCUCCGUAGUUCUGGAAUCGGACGGAACGCAGGUCGAGGACGGCGAAUAUUUUAAAACCCUAGCGAAUAAUACGAUUCUGUUGUUGUUACGGCAUGGUGAACGCUGGUGUCCAACUGGGGUCGACAUCAUACGCGCCGCGAUUUCGGCAAUUCCGAAAAUAGUCUGCGAAACGAUCCACGCCCUGGAGCUACACGAUGAGACGCCGUCGUGGAAGAUCAUGGACAAUAAGGGACGAGUCACGGUGGUGCUGCACUGGGAUCAGCGUUCAUCGACGUCGUCGCAGGCGCAGCAACAGCAGAAGGGUCAAGAUGUGCAGGCCUCCAAGUAUUCGCCGACUAAGAAAACCGACCUGAGCGGUAGUCAACGGCCGCCCUUGGUCAUCCAGACCAGCCUGGACAAGCUCAACUAUGCAGGGAAGCUGGGUCAUCUGGCGGCAGAAGUUGGUCCUAGCCGUUACACCAGCCCCCAUAUCACUGUGAUAAAUCAUGACGACAUGCAGCAGCAGCAGCAGCAGCAGCAGCCGCAGCUGCAGCCGCAGCCUCAGCCACAGCCUCACGGGAUCCCAGGCCGUCUGGUGAAGCAGGGUACCAACUCGUUCGACAGCACCACCAUCCAUAUCCACACGCCGGAAUGCUCGAACCAUAUUCAUCAGCCGGUAGCGAGGAACGGGAGCCCUGUCAACGGAGCGGACGGCGGUGCCAGCGGAGAAUGCGACUUCCAUUGCUGUGCCCUGCACGAGGAGGGCCGUAGAAUCGCGGUGCACAAGUCGGUGGCUACAUCGCCGAUCCAGGAUGCCCAGCAUCAGCAGUAUCAGCAACAGCAUCAUCAUCCGCAUCCGCAGCAGCAGCAACAACAAACGCAGACUCAAACGCCCUCGCCUCAACCACCUUCUUCUCUGUCGGACGGGACAAGACGAGCGGGCCUGAGCAAAGGUCACGUGAGAUUCUGCGACACCGCGGACGAGGAGUCGAGCUCCCGACUUGCCGGCAACUCGGCUGCUAGCUUUCAUCUUCAUCAUCAUCACAAUCAUCAUCAGGAGCACGACAGCUCCGAAUCCGAGACCGAGAACACGAUCAUGGAGGACGAGAUCGUGACCUCGGAGAAAUUUUUACUGCUCAUCGAUCAGCUCACCGUAGACCAGAAGCACUUAAGCAUCAAGGACAUCGGUAUCAUCCUCGAACGGCUCAGCUCGAAGAUCCUCGAUGUAGAGCGGCUCGACCGCGAGAGCGAGAGCGAGGAGUGUUACAACUGGACGAUUAAGGCUAUUAUUAGGGGAGACGUGUUGCGGGAGCUCGGAGUUAUUUACAAUGGAAAUUAUUACGCGAUCUCGGAGCAUCCUGGAUAUAAAGAGGAAUCGGAGGAAAAUAACGAGGAUAACGAGGAGGAGGAGGAGGAUAGACUUUAAUAUGAUGCUGUUUUACUAGAUAGAUAGAUAGAUAGAUAGAUAGAUAGAUAGAUAGAUAGAUAGAUAGAUAGAUAGAUAGAUAGAUAGAUAGAUAGGUAGGUAGGUAGGUAGGUAGAUAGGUAGAUAAAUAGAUAGAUAGAUAGAUAGAUAGAUAGAUAGAUUAUACACCUAUUAAUGGUUAUUAUUAAUAUAGUACGUAUCGAGCUGCAGGGAGGGGGAAACGUUUAAAAGGGCAAAGAACGCGUAUGAAAAACACGGGAAAUGGAGAAAGGUUGAAUCGGCGGAGGGUCGAACGCACGAACAUUCUCAGAUUUUUUGAUAGAAAAUCGGGGGUGGGUAGGAAGGCCGGGGAUGACGGUAAACGAGCGGCAAAACGUGAUUUUUUUCAAAAUGUUUUCAUAAUAAAACGAAGGUCGCGUUAUAAUAAAAAAAAAAGAAAAAAAAUCGUACGAUACCUUGUAAACUUAGUUCUAAAAACGGUUGUUGAAAUAUGUACUUAUUAAAUAGUAUAUAUACUUGUAGGAAACAUUUUUGGGAUUACGGACGUUGAUUCCGUAACCGUCCACAACACUGCCCUAUCUAAAAAAUAAAAAAAAAGCAAAAAAAAAAAAAAAAAAAAUUGAGAGGUAGAGAAAGGAAAGGAGGGGAAUAAGAGGAGAACGAAACAAGAUAGAGGCUCGAUCUGUUUGUGGCUGUCUGUCGAACUGUUCUGCGUUGUUUUUCGUCCCGCUCGAUCUACGACGACGAACCGACGGAAACUAGAACCGAACUCUCGAUUGAACGUCGCGAAACACAAAUAUGUAGAGAGCAAAAGAGAGGCACAGAGAUAGACAGAUAGAUAGAUAGAUAGAUAAAUGAGAGAGGCAGAGAGUAGAACGACUACACACGAUGAUCAUGAACGGCCAAAAAUUCGUCUCUGAUUUGGCGUGGAAAACGCGCCGUAUCAUUGAAAAGAAGAAUGUAGAUCCAGCAGAAAAAGGCACAAGAAAGAGAGAGAGAAAGAUGAAAAAGAAAGAGGAUAUGUACACGUCGAUUUAUUUGUCGUUUGUCGCCGACGUAAAUUCUCCUAAGAUUCACGGGCUUAAAUCGUGCUUUGCGUAGCAAGAGUCCCUUGCAGUCGGAAUCGGACAUUCCACUUUGCCAAAGGAUUCUCGUUCCCCUUCGAUCGUCAGAAGCGCGAGCCGUUUCAAUCGAAAGUCAAGCUACAGAUAGCCUCGAGAGUUUCGUUCGAAGCAGAUCGUUUGAAAUGAAAAUUUUGUUCCUUGUCAGUUUGUAAGAAACGAAUUAAAUCAACUGCCCGGCUCUCGCUAUGUAUAACACACGGUGCACGUACUACGACAUGCGACGCGUUGUUUCAUUCACGUACGUUACACACCAUACAUUAUACAUGCACAUACACAUAGAGACAUAUGAAAUACAGUUGUCUAACACACAGAGAAUCACAGAGAACACAUGCACGCGAUACGGUAUAUAGGGAAUACGGAAGACCUCAUUCAGGAUUUACGUUAGCGAUUACGCUACGAUAAGUGAUACCGAUAUAUAAGAGAAUUAGUCGCGCCACGGACAAGUUUAUCCGGCGUACUCCGUGAAACUUUGCAAUUUUAAUAUAUUUCUAUUGUAAGUAUACUUGACACUGCGAACGAGGACACGACGAAAAAUAUUCGAUAACGUAUGUAGCGAAGGCGUCGUGCAAAGAAAUCACACUUUAUACAUAAAGUGUGUGUGUGUGUGUGUGUACACACACACACACACACACGCACACACACACGCACACACACACGAAUAUAUACCUAAAUUACUGCUCCGUAAAGAGAGCUUGGUGCUCGGGAUAAGAACCAACGGGGUAAAAUUGCACGUGUGUGUACGUUGCAUAGAAAGAACAACGUUCGGUUCAGUUCGUUUGGUUUUCCGGAUGAGAGCAGUUUCCUUGUGGCAUGGUCUUCGCGUACCUCGUUCCGUCCUCGAUUUUCUCGCGCGUUACGUUUCUCGUAUCGACUAGGGGGCUGGAUGCGAGGGAAACUCGACCGAACGAGGAAGACGAAGCGUGAAGGUACGAAAGGCAACGAGGAUGAACGAAACAGCGAGAGAGAACAAGUUCGAAUGCGCGCCUGUGCGAAUCUUUCGUUAUGCGAGAACGAAUGCGUGUCUGAAAGAACGGAACGAGAAGACCAAGAAGAGAGAGAGAGAGAGAGAGAGAGAGAGAGAGAGAGAGAGAAAGAGUGAGAGAG